UCGAGAGGACCGGGCAAACGACAGAUCAAGCCGAAUGCUGCUGUACUGCUUGGAUCGUCGGCCAAUGACGCAGCAGCCGAUGAUGAUGAUGACGAUGAUUUCGUUGGUACGCUUCUUUAUCUUGUGAUCAGCCAUCUUGAAUGA